AUUUAAGCAACGUUUGGGAUGCACGCACGCAAACUUUGCAAGAUGACUUUGCUGCUUCUCAUCUUGACGUUUGUUCUACCGGUGCUUUCAUCUCCAUCAUAUUCUCUUCUUGGUAAGUGUUCACUGGGGCAUACCUAGGAUUUGACGCCUUAGUCGCUGUAUACCCUACAAUUCCGAAAAUAACGGCUAACUUUUUACCUUUCUAUAAUUGAAUCCCGAAAGUAGCGACCCUUCGAAAAUUACCACUACUACAAUAAAGUAUUGAAUGAUGAAUCUGAUGUAACGUUUAAAGCAGUACCUUCGAUCUACGUAAAAAGCGAAUUUAAAGAGUGUUCAACGUAACAUAUGUCGUAACCGGAACGAGAAAAAAUGUCUCCUUUUUGUUAUUUUUAGUGAAAGUCAACUAUCAGCCUUUGCCAUUCAUAACAACGGAUCAUGAUUUAACAACAACGUGUAAAAAUCUUUGAACUCUAGCUAGUACCGUAUAUGCGUAUAUGCGAAAGUGUGUGAACUAAACAACAUGAAGAGUUAUUUGUGAUUCGAUCUCAAAAUUAUCUGAAUCCUUCCUUAAAUUAUGCAUGAUUUAAAAGCUGUAUUUAUGUCAAAAGAGUCAAAUGAUUGAGUUAAACCGGGAUUUAACGCACCUAUAACUGACCUUUUGCCCCAUAGUACCAACAUUUAGGGCCUCUUAUAUGUUAAUAUUGUCGUUUUGUUCAUGUGGGUAGUAACAUACAUAAACGGAAUGACCUUUAAGUUCAUGUUACGUUUCUGAAACGACUGUAUAUUAGUAAUUAGUUUUUUAACCAUCCGAAAGUAACGACUACCCGCCGAAAGUAACGGCUACCCUAAAGUAGCGGCUUCCUUUGCCUGCUAGAUUCGAAAGUAACGGGGGCCGUUACUUUCGGAUUUCUACGGUAAUACAGCUGUGGGGGUAUUUUUUCCAAAUCUUUGUUAAUGACGAUUUAGUUCGUUCCCAAACUGAGGAGGUACUGACCUUGAAAACCCUAUCGAGCCACCUUAAUUAAGUAAGACCCAUGUGAUUUUUAAAGACAAAAUCUUAUUUGUCCUUUUCAUUUCAGUCAAUGAUCGAAUCAUUGCACGUUGGACAAAUAACCUUUAUUAUCCUGGCAAGGUUUCGGCAACCGGAAAUGGACUGAUACAUGUUUUGUUCGAUGACGGAGACAGGAUCACUCACACCGUCCGGGAUAUUUCAGCAGUAAUUCCUGAUCAACAACCCAGUCACGUGAAAUUAGGGCAACAUGUGGUUGCCACGUGGAAAGGGGGUCAUAAAUACUACAUAGGAUAUGUGUCUCAAAUAGUUUCUGGCUCCCGGCCCUUCAAGGUUACCUUUGAUGACAACGAUGAAGAUUACUACCAAGCACAUCAGCUGAGGAAGUUUCCGGAUCACCAGACAGCUCAUGAGGGUAAGGGGAGAGGCUAGGUUUAAGAAUAUUGUUGGGUUAAGAACCGCUGAAUUUUGUCAGUUUUGCGAGGUAAGAUAUAUCUCUGGUGACAUUAGGGCCAUUUAUACGAGGAAAAGUAAGACUCGUCUUAUGUAAGACGCGUCUUAUUUUUCCUCGUAUAAAUGGCCCUAUUGUUGCUUACCAAUUUCUUAACUUAAACUGAAAGCUAAAUGGAUUCAGGGAGGAAUGUAUUAACAUCGUUCCAUAUGGGUCAUAUUCGACCCCUGCCUUCCGAAAAGGAUUUAAAGGAGCUGUGUCACGUAUUUUUUUUCAAACAGUGGAAACCGUCACCAGAUGGAGUCAAACAUUUAAAUAAACUGUUCAAAACAUGAAAAGAAGGUAUAAAUAACACAGCAAAUACAAAAGAAGGCACAGAUCGACAAACUUGAAGAAGAUUGAAACGGACUGCAAUUCUGGUUUUUCGGAAAACUUGUUAGGAUAACAGUAAUUUUUGUUGUUUGUAAUAUAUUGUCUCAAGUUCCAUGACAAAAAAGAGGCGUUGUUGGCAUUGAUUAUUAUAAACAAAUGGACUAGACAGCCGUGUCACUGCCCCUUUCACAACUGGACUGACGACUGGAGUAAUGAAUAAGAAGGUCGUAGAGGGGUAUUUUCGUGAUACGGGAUUACCUAUUUUUAUUUGUCGUGAAUCGUGAAUUCUUCCUUGACCAAAUGGUUGUCAUUGCCCUGAGAUAAACUCGAAUUAAUAAUCUAUAUUCGUGAUUUUAUUACUUAAUAUUUUCCCCUCAGUGAGUUUCAGUUUCGAGACCCCGAAAGGUAAAUAAACACUAUGAAAGCAUCAAAUGAGAAUGAUGAAUUUUUUUAAGUUCCAGUCUUACUUCAUUUUUUUUUUUUCGCCACUUUCAAGCUGUGUUUCAGAGACUGCUUUACCACUUUUUUCUUUGCGUAAGAACAAGAUAAAAACAGUACUUUACAUGCAUAGUGAGGUGAAUAUUUGCAUUUAAGUUUAUUAAGUUGCAUACCGACCCAAUAAGCAGCUGCGCUUCUUAACAAGGUUCUAAUUCGAUCGCUCUGAUACUUUCAGUCGGCGCCAGAGUGUUUGCACGCUGGACAAAUGGUCUUUACUAUCGUGGAUUUGUUGCACGGGCAAACUCUUCAACUGUCUUUAUUAGAUACGAUGAUGGAGAUACCAUCAUCCUUCACAAGAUAGAUCGCACGGCAGUAAUCCUUGAUAAACUUCCAUGUUACUCUCAUAUCAAGCCUGGGCAGCGCGUCAUUGGUUUUUGGCCGGGGAGGACACGGUACUACCCUGGUGUGGUGACCUACAAAAGACCAACAGGCCUUGCCAAUUGCUAUCAGAAGGCUGUAUACUACGUGGUUUUUGAUGAUGGAGAUCGGCGAAUGCAGGAUUUUAACCAGAUUCGCAUCAUUCCAUGCAUGACUACGGAAACAAAUACCAAUGAGUCGGUGUAAUGUUAUAAAGAAAGUCUUUGAAAAUAAAACCGCGACAUCAGUGUAUUCAUAAAAAUUUUAGAAACAAUACUCUGGUUUUGUUAUGUACCUAAUCAUAUGAUAAUAGGUGCGUUUGGCUUGUAAUCAUGGUUUUUGUAUUUGCUGUAAUGAAACAUCAGUUAGUUAAGUAGGUUUUUCAUGAUUUGACGUAAUGAGGCCAUGCCACGGGGCCCCAAACUCGCGAGUAAGAAUCGCUGUUGCUUCACAGAAAUAUUAUAAAAAUAAAUAAGGGUUUGUAUGAGGAUAUUAGCGAUCGUUAUUUAGGGGUCAAAAUAGC